GUCAAAAUUGGUCUACAUACAUCCGAGGAGAAGAGAGUUAGUUCAACACCCAUUCCCCGACCUAACCUGAAUUGUAGGAAGGAAAAACAAGCAUGGGUGAUUGAGGAGGACUUUGAGAAACUCACCAUCUCAACUAAGUUAGAAGCUCCGAGUGCUUCAAAUAAGGUCAUGGCUCCUAAGAAGUAA